ACUCACCCCUAUGGUUAUUUAGGUGUAUAUCUAAACUGUAAUGUCUGGGACUAAACUGUUGUGUUUGGGAUUGUUGCAGCCGGAGGUGUAUCCAGGGAAGUGCUGGGCAUUUGGUGGGUCAAAAGGUUUCCUGGUGAUUUCCCUGUCCCAUCCAAUCAGGAUCACUCACGUCACCCUUGAGCACAUUCCCAACGCACUUUCUAAAAGAGGACAAACAGAUAGUGCACCCAAAGACUUUGUUGUUUUUGGUUUGUCCAGCGAAUUUAGUGGAGGACAACUGCUCGGAACCUUCAUGUACGACCAGGAUGGCGAGUCUUUACAGACUUUCGAACUCCCGGAGUCUACAACGCAAGUAUACAGAAUGGUGGAACUGAGGAUUCUGAGUAACUGGGGUCACCCUGAAUAUACCUGCAUCUACCGUUUUAGGGUGCACGGGGCUCCCUGGGUCACCAGAGGGUUAGAGGGUCACCGCUAAGCAAAAAAUUAGCAGAAAUAUUAAAGCAAGAACAUCUGUUGGCAUUGAAAUCCGGAGUCAUUUUUGUGGGCAUGAGGUCAAGAGUCCAACUCAGCAUCAAAACAGGGUUGUUUAGUUUAAGGUGCUAUGGUUUUAAGUUUUAAUUCACUAUCAUUGUCUGAACAUCCAAAUGGAAUUUGAUUAAUUUCAAUGACAUAUUUACAUUUUGUUCCUUUACUGAUUCAAACAUCUUCACGAAAGCUUUAAUAUUUAGCUUUCAUUUUUGUGUCUGCCUGCGCUGUUUUUAUACUUAAACGCAGUUAACACAUUUUCCAAUUUGUAUUUAGAUUUUGACAUUUUAUUAUGCUCCAUGUGAGUUCUGAACACUGGAUGGAAUAGUGCAGAACCUUUGUGAUGUGUCCGCCCGGGGUCAUUGCAUAGACACAUACCACAACACACAUACAACAAUGAUUCCGUGUCAAUGAUCAAGUGAUGGGGAAAGGACCUCUUUAUGCUAUUUGUUGUACAAAAAGACCCAAAUGGGACUUGUGACAGAAAUCAAGUACUUGCGGCCUCUUUAAGGCACAAUUUAAUUACCACAGAAGCACGUCAAGUCUUAUAUAUCACCAAAAUGGCAAAAAAUAUGCUACAUGCCAAUGAUGAGGGACCGUUGAGGCCAGCUAGCUUGUUGGAGUUCUCCCAUGGAGGGUCUGUCGACGCUCUGCACAAAAUUUAAAUAAUUCAACUUUGAACCCGUUGCCACUGAUCUUUCGAAGCGUGAGCUAAUAAUUGCCAGACAAUUCGGAUGAAGUAUCAUUACGUGGGCAGUGCCAGCCCUAAAAGCAGAACUCUGCAGUGGUUUUCAUGUGGUUCAAAGCGGCACUUGAUGCCCUGAUGCGAAUCAUGCAAAUUUUACAUACAAAAUGGAUAGCCACAGAACUGCCGGCCGAUUACUUUUGUGGAGGAUGAGGGUAUAAGAGCUUUAAUGCACAUUGCAAUGAAUACGCAACCUAUGGGGACUAGGUCUUUCAAUCAGUCAACCUCCCACG